GAAUUAGCUAGAUUAAGACAACUUGAACAUAUCAUGUAGAUUCAACCCUUAUACCAUAGCAACUACAACUACAACUACAACAACACAUUUCAUCCAUCCUAGCAUAAUCUAUUCACCCUUUUAUCACAUUAUAGUCCAAUUUUACUUCCUUUCAUAUAUAUAAAACGAUUUAUAUAUCUUUAUUCUGCAUUUUAUUUUAGUAUUAAUAUAAAAAGUCUACUUUAACUUUAACUAUGAUAUCUCUAUUUUCGGAAGCUACCGAGAUAAUUUUGAUCGCACUAACUAAAAUGUUUCUUAUCCAAAGUAUAUAUAAAUAGGAAGAAAUAUUCUAACUACUUCUUUAAGUUGAAGAGUCAAUAGAUACGAUGUCAUAUAUGUUGCCUCCAGUAGAGUCAUUGUCGUCGAUCUCAAGGCCAGACCAAGUGGAAACUCUUGCUCACUUGUUUGAACCAUGCGAUACGUUAUCAACUUUUAUAAUAGAUAACAUAUUAACUCAUGCAUCAUACAAUCCAUUCACAUCAUAUAGACAAUUUAUAGAAAAGGUUAGAGAAGAGUUGAGAUUGUUCUUAACUAAUGAAGAGAAACAAUCCCAAACUACAAAACAACCCAUUGAUCCUCGAAUUUCUAAGAUAAUUGCUGCCCAUCCUCGAUUAGGUGGAUCAUCGAAAGCUACCAACACAAAUUUAUCCCAACAUUCUUCAGCAGAACAGAAAUCAUUACAAGCAUCUUCACAAGAGGAAAGUGAACAAUUGAUUAAACUAAACGAUCUUUAUGAAACUACAUUUCCUGGAUUACGAUAUGUGGUGUUUGUCAAUGGUCGUUCUCGUGCGGUCAUAAUGGAAAAUAUGAAAGAAAGAAUACAUCGAAAUAAUAUUCAAUUGGAAAGAAUAGAGGCUUUUGAAGCAAUGUGUGAUAUUGCCUUAGAUAGAGCUAGAAAGUUAGGUGGAAAGUUGUAGUCAUUAUAAGUAGUUGUAACUUUAACUAGACUUAGCUAGACAUUUAUCAGUAAUAGAACAAAUUUCUUAGGGAUUAA